UUAGAAGAGGUGUGAGAUGACCGUGUAGCAUGUGUGGCUGCUAAUCGUAAGAAGUGUAUUAAAGUGUAUGGUCGAACAGGCUCAGCAGGGUGUUCCAAAGAAAGCCGCAUGAAUGUUGGACGCGAUAUUUUGAAAAUUUUGAAAGUGUAGGGAACGUGUGUUGAAUAUCUGUUACUUACUGCAGACUCACGUUGUAUAAGAUAAAUCGCCAUGGCGGAAUUCGUGGAGUAUCGUGCAGAAGGAAUGAUUCCCGAGUUGGAACAGAUGGGACAAAUUGGUCUGUUCGAAAAGCAUGAAAUAAGAACAAUUAUAAAGAAGAGAAAGGAAUUUGAGUACAAGAUUCAGCGGCGUACAAAAUGCAAAGAAGACCAUCUUAGAUAUAUACAGUAUGAAAUGGAUCUUCUUAAACUAUUAAGACUUCGCAGAGAGAAGAAAGGCGUUACUCACAAGAAGGCUGAUAUUGAAUUUGUUAUAACGAACAGAGUGAAUAGGCUAUUCAAACAAGCCAUCCAACGAUUCAAAGAUGAUGUCAAACUGUGGAUUUCUUACAUUAAGUUCUGUAAGCAGAUGCGGUUCCGCAGCUCUGUGAGUCGCACCCUAGUGCAAAUGCUGCAGGUACAUAGCGAUAAACCAAAAUUGUGGCGUCUUGCUGCCAACUGGGAGUUUGAAGAGAGUCACUCUGUUGAAAAUGCUCGUCAGUUCCUACUACGUGGUCUGCGCUUCCAUCCUGGAUCAAAAUGUCUCUUUGCUGAGGCAUUUCGCUUGGAGUUGCAGUAUGCAGCCAUGAAGCGGAAGCAGCAGCGUGAGAAAAAGGAGGUUGAGGGGAGGAAGAACCCAGUAGGAGAGAGAAGCUAUACUAGUGUGCCUUCAAGUACAGAAGAAGAACAAACACACUGUCAGCAUGAUGGAACAGAAGAGGUUUCAGACCAGGUGUUGGAAGGUCGUUUGGCUGAGGUGAUCUAUGAAUCGGCCAUUAAGAAGAUUCAUGAUGUUCAUUUCCUGAUCGAUUUGCUAGCUAUUGCUAAGGAAUAUGAUUUCACAAGCAAACUCCAGUUUAAGAUGGUGACUUACAUGAUACAAACUUUUUCGAAUGAUGAAUUUACAUGGGAUACCAUGGCUCGGCGUGAGCUUGAAGGACUAACGUACAUAGAUCCUCAGUUCCCGGAAGAAAGUAACCUUUUGACUGCCCCAUCAGGCACCAGUGAAAUAGAUGAAGAUGGGAACAACAGUAAGAACAGCUGCUUGAAGCAGAGAAUCAGACAGUGUUGUGGAGUAUAUGUGGCUGUACUGAAGCAGCUGCCCACAGAGAAGAUGUGGUCUUUAUAUCUAGAUAUGCUGUUAGAGCUAAAUCAGGAUCUAACUUACCUCCCACGGUUCAAGAAGAACCUUCUGAGAGUUGCAUUUCAGGAUGCCCACAGUGCUGGCUGUAUGCAAGAAAAGUAUUAUCUCCUUUGGGUGGAUAUGUUGAAGUCACAAAAAAAGUUUAAGAAGUUGGAGGAUGUGCUUAGAAAGGCCACUGAGAGGAUAAGAUCAAGUGUUCAACUGUGGCAGGCACGCCUUUCUUAUCAUCUCUCAAGAGAUGAGGACAGACUCGGUCAGGCAGUGUUUCAAGAUGCGACAGUCCAUCUGGGAUGUGAUAGUAAGGCUGCUCUUCCCCUCUGGGAGUUAAUGCUGCAAUACUAUCAGACUAAGGACAUGCACAAAGUUGAACAGAUAUUCCAAGAUGGUGUUGUCCAAGGACCUGCUAUAUCUCUGAACCUCAAACCCAUGUACAUAGAGUGGCUGGUUUUGGCGAAGGGUAUUGUAGCAGCAAGAAAAGUUUAUGAAUCACUGAGUAUCCAGCCUCCUCUUUGUCUGGAAUUGCAUACCAGAAUGGCCGCUUUGGAAAGUACCCAGCCUGAUAUGAAUCCAAAACAUGUGCGCAAAUGUUGUGAAAUGGCCUGUAAUCAAUUUGGCAAAAGUAAUACUGAUGUCUGGAUGGAAUAUAUCAAGUUUGAGCAAGAGAGGGGUAAUGCAAAGAGAGUGAGUGAGAUUUAUAUGCGAGCUGUGAAGAGCCUUGACCCUGUGUAUAGUGACAGUUUUGUGACUGAAUUUAGUUUGUUGAAGACUGGUAUGACAA